AUCGAAUUUUCGGUUAUCCAUUUAGUCUUAACUAAACCUUAAACGCCAAAGUGGUUGUCCAACGGGGCCUCCGGUUAAUGAAUGAAAAAGGAAUUGGGCUCUUUAUUUAAAAGCAUGAUCCAUUACCCUAAAACCCAUCUAUUCCAACUCCAAGACGAAUUGGGCAACAAAAUUACGGAGUAGGAUUAUAUAUUGGCCUAUAAAUAAUUAAAAACACAUCCCCAGUAAUUACACCCACACAUGGCUGCUAUAAUCAGAAACUCGGUUCUCCUUGCCUCCCUCCUCCUACUCCUUCUGGCGGCGGCGGCGGUUUGGACAUCGGGAGACGGCGGCGCAUCGGAAGAGCUCACGGUGGAGGAGGAGUUCGAGCGGUGGAUGGUCCUCCACGAGCGCAAGUACGAGGACGAAUCGGAGAAGGAGAAGCGGUUCGAGAUCUACAAGAAGAACAAGGAGUACGUGGAGAGUUUCAACAGGGCCGGGAAUCACACCUACACGCUCGGCAUCAACGGCUUCUCCGAUAUGACCAACGAGGAAUUCGCGGACAAGUACCUGUCCAAGAACGUUUGUUUUUAGUGCCCUCUGAAUCUGGCUUUUUUAUUUCUUACUGGUAUUAAUUGAUGAAUUGUGUAUGACUUUUCUUAGUUGUUUCCAGCCUCUGGUUUUAAUUAACGUUUUUUCAUAUGUCAUUAAUUAAAUCAAUAUAUUAUGGAUUA